AUGGACUUCACCAGCCCACGGACGCCCUUUCUUGGCCGAAAAGUUCCCCUGCAGAGUACCUACAACUCCUUCUGCGAUGAUCGGGGGUCACUUGUCGCAACCCCACCACCGCCCAAGCGGAACAAGAGGAAUCGAUCUGAAGUCCCUUUGGGAUCUUUGGAGACGAGCUCCAUCAUCAAGGCUCCGCCGAUGUUGCUGCCGUUUGACACCAAAGGUGUGCCAAGCGGACGAGGAGGUCUCUCGGACGAGGAAAUCCUCCUUCGCAGCAAGUUGCUGUACUUGGAUCCCCAUCCUUCCAGACAAGAAAACACGAAGGCGAUUUUCAAACAAGGGUGGAAGCAGCUGGGCAAGACAGUGAUGAGAGACAACUUCACCUCCUACCCGCACAGCAGGAGUGCAGAAAAGCGUCUUGGUGGAAGAAGUUACUUCCCAGUCGGCGAGAAGAACUGGCAUUCCUGCAAAUCUGAUGCGGCCUUCAAUCAGGGCGUGCACCAGUGGCCGAGGCGGCCGCUGCACGGCCCGUCCAACGGCCCUCAAAGAUGUCAGACGGCACCAGGGAGUUUGAAGCCUGCUGCGCUCUAUGGUGAAGGCCCGUCGAGGCUUCUUGGCAAGCCAUGGAGAAGCUUGGAUGGAAGCUUGCAUGAAAUCAUGCUGCAGCAGGGCCAACCUGUCGCCACGCUGGCUGAGUUGGAGGCUGCACUGUGCCUUGCAGAGCAGCAGAGCUUGGUCCCUCCUACAGAGAUUCGCCGGCGGUGGCAGACUUUGGCUGCCUCUGCCAUUUCCUGGUCCCUGGACUGCCUUACCGCCGCGGGCGAGCAGGAGUGGAUCUUUGACCAGGCUCUCCAGAUGCUGUGUACCGCCGAGAUCCUCACAAGGACCGAUGUGGCCGAAACCUUCGGCGCGAAGGCAGUGCCCAAUCGGCUUUUCCUCCGUGCGCUGAGCCUUAGUGGCCUGGGCGGCUACUAUCAGCAGCGUGGCAAGCCCAGAGCCGCGGUCCGCUUUCUGGAGCAGGCCGUCGCCGGGCACGCCAAGUUCGCGCACCCUGCCGUGCUGCUGAACCUAUGCAGUGCCCAUUUGCAGUUGCGGGAGCCUGGGCCAGCGCUUUCCUAUCUCUCGCAGGCAGUGCUCGCUCUGCGCAGUGCAGCCGGCCGCCUCUGUCCGCAGCAGGCCGCUGAGGUGGAUGCCUCAGCGACUGCAGCCACUGCAGCGGUUCUGGCCGUCCUGGGUCCCGCUGCAAACCCGGAGGACAUGUGCAGCGAGGUCGAUGUCCGGGUUCGCAAAAACCUUUGGGUCGAGAUGGACCCGCUCGGCCGGGGUAUUGACCUUGGCGAGCAGCAGAGGCUCCGCGUCGAGCCCGGCGGGAGCCUUGAGACUCCCGAGGCCUCGGUGAGCAGCCUCGCGAGCCAGAGUAAGGAGGUUGGGAGGACCGUCCGAUACAGCGGACCUCGGCGAGGGCUAGGUCGGCAUGGCCUCAUUAGCAAGGAGCAUGCAGCAUCCAGCAAGGAUGCUUUUCAGUACGAGGUGGAUGCGGCCGUUGUAAAGACACUCCUGGUAGCCAAGGUUCUCUUGUGGCCGUGGCCAGAGCUGGGGGAAGAGGUGCAGCAGAGCCGGGAGAUCGUCUCCGCGUACCGAAACGGCGAGGGACACGUGGGCCUCGAGGCCGCUUUGAAGAGCAUAGCGACCCCAGGGAUCGCGAAGCAUGCAGCCAAGCUGAAGAAGGUUUGGCCCGAGUGGGGGAAGAUCGCCAGUGAGGCGCCUGUGCCCGGGGCGGGCCUGGUCCUCCGGGAAUGUCUACUGCUCACCUUCGUACAUGCUGCAACCGCCUUGGCGCAGCUGAGCUCCAAGCGCUUGUACGACAUCUGGGUGGUGCCCCCUCUGCGAGAGGGCCUGGUGCUGGCGAUUGUCCUCUUUGGCUCCAAGCAUCCUUUGGCCCUGAGGCUCAUCCAUGCCUGCCAACGGGCACAGGUGCCCCAGCAGCCUCCAGCACCACCUCCAGAUCCUUCCCGUUUGGCCCGGCCCAGGCCACGUGUGGACCCAACCGAGCCGAAGCUCCGGCCGAAGCCGCCAAAGACGGCUUCCGUGAAAGUGAGAGCGAGGCCAAAGCGCCCGCAAACGAAAGGCCACGUGCCAGCCUGGAACGCGGGCGCAGGGCUACAGCCGGAAAAGGAGGAGAAGUUGCAUCCAGCGGGCCAGGUGCCGGAUGCCGUGCUGGCCUUGGCUGGAGGAGCAGAAUACAUGCAAGCCCAGUCAGCCCGGAGACACGGUAGUUCAAGGCCAUCGGUGUCGCCUGUUCGGAAAGAUUUCUGGACCGGGAGCCAGGGCCAACGCGCGCAGGAGCAUCUCGAACGACAGGCAAAGUCCGAGAUACGGCGAGAGCUCCAGCGCCCACUGUCGUCAGACCCGUUGACGAGCAGAAGAAGGCGGCCGGAAGCGACGGCACAAGGCCUCGCUCCGAGCUCGACACCGGCGACGCCGCGGUCCCAAACCCCGGAGACGGAGAGAGGAG